GUCGGGUCGCAUAGUAAAGUCAAACGGCCCUUCAGUUGGCGCCCUUUCCCGCUGGCCAUUCCCUCAUGAGAAUCUCUGCGCUGCAUAAUACUGUUGUCAACUAAACUUCUCAUACGCCGCAAACCGCAAUGUGAAAUGGAAUGUGGUCGCGCCACGUGCUUGUCCUUCCUUCCUUUUUGUUGUGCUGCCACAUAACCUAGGUAAACACGGGAAGAGCAGUAUCGGUUUUGAUCUACAGAAACUUUAUUACACAUUGCUUUGAAGCUGCAAGGUCUUCAUUUGAACCGUCCCGGUUUUGGCGUAAAAGGAAAGAGACUUUCCUAUGCGGCGAGGAGUAAUUAAGAGCAUUCAGACCGCUAUUGCAGGUCUUUUCCAAUCCUUUGCUGUGGGCUCUAAUUGUCUCUCAAUGACAAUGCUAUCAUUGCAAGACUGUGUUCUGGAGAAGGACUUGCUGCUACCACCUUCUUCUGUAAAUGGCAUGAAAAUUCUAGACAGGGAAAAGUUUUCAAAAUCUAUUUAUGUUCCUUAUUUGUUGGUAUCUAAAGAAAAUAUUCCCAACACACUGAAAGUUACCAAAAAAUAUUUACUUAAAAUGCCUAACUUGAACCCAGUUCAAACUAUUGAAGGAUCUUCUGAUAAAAAGAUCAUUUUAGAUCCAUUUAAAUUAAUGGAUUGUUUGGCUAGUGAUGAGAAAGAAAAGCUAGGAGGUCUAAAGGACAAUGACUUCAAGAUGUGUGAAAUAAUAUUGUCAUAUGAAAACUGGCUUGCUGAAGGCAUAUUGAAAACUGUGUUACCUCAAGACCAAGAGGGAGUUUCAAGCUGGUCAACUAUUGGACAUAUAAUUCAUGUAAACCUACGUGACCAUUUAUUAGACUACAAGCACCUCAUUGGUCAGGUUUUACUUGAUAAAAAUAAGCAAGCUCGCUCUGUUGUUAACAAAGCUAAUUCAAUUGACUCUACUUUCCGAACAUUUCAAAUAGAGCUUUUGGCUGGAGAUGAAAAUAUGUUGACUCAGGUCAAAGAGAACCACUGCAAAUUUGAGUUUGAUUUCUCCAAAGUUUAUUGGAAUCCUAGACUAGUUGGGGAGCAUGAAAGAGUUGUGAAUGAAAUUGACAGUGGCAGCAUCCUCUAUGAUGUGUUUGCUGGUGUUGGUCCAUUUGCUGUCCCAGCUGCAAAGAAAAAAUGUAGAGUUCUUGCAAAUGAUUUAAAUCCCGAGUCUUUUAAAUGGUUGCAACAUAAUGUCAAAUCCAAUAAGGUGUCUGACAGAGUAACUGUAUUUAACAAAGAUGGAGCAGAUUUCAUACGCUCUGAUAUCAAGGCAGAUUUAGAAAAGUAUUGGUCUGGAGACAACCAUAAACCAUGUCACAUAACCAUGAAUCUUCCAGCCAUGGCUGUUGAAUUCUUAAAAAACUUUAAAUUCCUAUUUUUGGAAAGUGAAAAGCCAUCUACAUUUAUAAGCCCCAUCGUUCAUGUAUAUUGUUUUAUUAAAAACGCUGAGGACUCAUCAAAAGCUGCACAGGAACUAGUGGAGCAUCAUUUGGGCACAGAGUUGAAUGAGAACCUGAAGAAGGUUUUCCUUGUUCGCACUGUAUCUAACAAUAAAGAUAUGAUGAGAGUAUCUUUUUCAUUACCAGAAAAUAUUCUAUUUGGUAAUGACUCAGAUGAACCAGCGACCAAAAAAGUUUGCAUCCGAGAUGGUAGCGAACAGAAUUGAAUAGUGUGUAUGUCAGUUACCUGUACAAAUGUAAAAAAUGUCUAUUGCAACUAUGGGAAAGAAUAAAGGAAGUAAAGUGAAAACUAACCAUGUCUUCAAAGUGGCAGGUGCACGCAGUCUCAAAAUUAAAAAUAAAGCCAAGCAAGUUGCUGGACAACUCAAAAAAUUAAACCAAGUGACAAAACAGAAAAUUGUUCAAGUCGACAGCCAACUGGAAUCACUCCAUUCAACUUUGAUGCAGCAGAAGCCUUCAGUUGUAGCAGACAAGGGAAAUAUAAAAGGAGAAAUGCAAAAGAUGGCUGCAGAGAGGGCUCAGCAGGCUGAAGACCAUAAGAAACGAGUGCAAGAUAUAGAUAAAUUUAGUGAUAUAAAACUGGGAUCGUCAAAGUAGCUUUUCUGCCUCUCCAAAUUUCUUUUUCUAAAACAUAUGUAAACAGUAUCUAAAUUUUAAUAAAUUAAAAAGUUUAAGGUGA